CGACAGCGUCGCACCCACAACAAGUCCCGACACGGAUGCCGGAAUUGCAAGCUCCGGCGAGUGAAAUGUGACGAAACAAAGCCCAGAUGUGCCAAAUGCCGCUCGUACGGAGUACUUUGCGACUACGCCGGUCCGUCAUUAGACUUGCAGCUAAGUCAGGAACUCAAGAUGCCGGCCCUAGUGGCGACGGAUGGUAGCUCGUCAAUGGAGUUGGACGCUGAGGGUCUGGCGAGACUGAUGCGAUUUGAAUGUCGCACAAUCGAGACUGCUAUCAACGUCUCUUCAAAGCCGCUAGUGCAACGGGCCAUGGGAAGCCCAUCCCUCAUGCAUGCCAUCUUGGCGUUUACCGAAGUCCAUGACAGAUAUUUGCAACGGCGAGCUCCAACUACCCCGGGCACUCGUGAAUUGUACCAUGCCUCGCUUGGCAGCUCGCUAUUCAUCCGACAACUGUCGAGUCCCAUCCAAGCCGACGACCGGGAUACAGUCUGGGCCACUGCCACGUUCCUGGGAAUCUUGGCCUUCACUUCAGUCCCCGCCAUGACCGUCGAGGAUUGCUGGCCGCUGAAGGAGGCAGAUCUGACCUGGCUUUGUCUGAGUCAGACCAAAAUGGCGCUUUGGAAUCUCACCAAUCCCAUGCGAUCCGACAGCCUCUUUCACGACAUGUCCGAUGAGUAUAUCAUCAUGUACUCCCCUCGGCUGAAUGGAUGGGAUGGCAUUCUGUCGGACGUCUACCAGCUGUGUGGCCUUGGGCCGUCGUCGCUGCAUCCGCACGUCGAUACAAACCCCUAUCGCGAAGCCUUCAAGUUCCUUCAAGGGCUGUAUCCUGAAUCCGUCGAGACCAUCGUGUCCCGAUCUCAUGCCCUCGUCUUUAUAUCCCGGAUGCAGCCCUGUUUUGUCAAGUUGCUGCGCGCAAGGGACCCCGUGGCCUUGGUACUCCUGGCCCUGUGGUAUGAACGUGCAGGUAAACUAAUCUGGUGGGUGCGGUACCGCACCCUCGUCGAAGGUCCUGCCAUUUGCACCUAUCUA